CCGACUCGCCAUUCGCCAAUCGCCAUUGUUGAGUUCUGUUUCGAACAUUCUGCAAUAAAAAUAUAACGAAAAAUGCCUCCAUUUCAUAAAGAGCAGUUGCGAAAAUUGUUUAUUGGGGGUUUAAACUUGGAUACGACGGAGGAAAGCCUCAAAGAUUAUUUUUCUCGAUGGGGGGAGACAGUAGACGUGGUCGUGAUGAGAUUCCCCGAUACGAAAAGGUCGAGAGGAUUUGGGUUUGUAACCUAUGAAAACGUUGAAUCAGUUGAUGCUGUGUUGAUUGCGAAGCCACAUGUACUCGAUGGAAAGGAAAUCGAACCAAAGCGGGCUGUUGCUAAAGAUGAAACAGCGCAAUCGUCGAGGCAGGAAGUUGAAAGUUCCCACAAGAUAUUUGUCGGGGGUUUAGCGAGCGCCACAUCUGAGGAAGACAUCCGAAAUUGCUUCGAUAAAUUCUGUGAAGAAGCUGGCCAUGGCAAAGUGGAAGAGAUUUUGGUCAUGAAAGAUAGAGACAGCGAUAGACUUCGCGGAUUUUGCUUCGUGACUUUUGAUAGCAAAGAGAUAGUUGACAAGGUAUGUUCUGUGAAGUAUUUUGAAAUAAGAACAAAAACUGUCGAGGUUCGUCGCGCCGAAUCAAGAAUGGCCAUGAUGAAGAAAGAGCAAAGAGAUUAUGGCUAUACCAGACGACAGAUGGAUGAUCGAAGAAGAGACACGCGCGAUAGUUAUCAAGGUGGGUGUUUAUACUGGAUUUAGCAAAUUAACCAUUAUUUUCUCAAUGUAUGCAAUAUAUGCACACCCCUGCCCUGAACUAAUGCAUCGGUCAAUUCCAGCUGCGACCACCCCCACCCCCCGGGACAACCCCCAGGAAUUGGCAAAUUUUAAGUUUUUUGUGCAAAUGCCCAGGGGUAGGGCAAAAAAAAGGAACAAUGCCCCAACCCCUGUGCCGACAAAUUAGUCAAUUUCAAAGAAUGUCCUAAAUUAAUUACAUGUGUUUUAACAAUUUAUACCUUUGUUCGUUGUUCUUUUGGGGAUUUUUUAAUAAAAAAACAGGGAAAACUAUCGUGUUCACUUCAUAUGAAAACAUCGACGAAAGGCUGUGACACACUUGUUUUUAUUGCAGAAAGUUUUUCAUGGUAUUAAUAUUACUGGAAAAACAAGACAGCCUACCUUUAAAUAUGUCCACAAGUUUAUCUAGGCCUUCUUUCGUCUGCCAAGACUCAACAAAGCUCUCGUUUGUCUUUGCCUGUAAAGUCGUCCAUUUGGCAUACGACAAAGGAAACUGGUGGCCACGGUCUUUUCUCUGUGAGCUACAAAUGCCCGUGGAUAAUAACCCAAUAUUGACAAAUCCCCAGCCCCGGGUGAGCACGCAGCUGCAAAUGCCCGGCCGUGUGGACAAGUAAGUGUAAAAAUGCCCCACAAUGUCCUGGUGGGGGGGAUGAUCACAGCUGGAAUUGACUGAUGCAUAACCCUAAACCAAUAUAGAGUUGUAGUAAUUGUAGUCUCCUAUGCAGACCUACUUUAGCGGGUUUGGGCCCGCCACGUACGGUCUGCUUGCUUUGGCUAGCAAUUCGGCUUCCCAUUGUAUUCCAUUAGCCAAUAGCAUUCAAAUACACUAGACACGCCCACUUUGAAUGUCAACUGUAAAGUGUAAACAAGGAGCGUGCGGUAAUCGAAUAAUACAUACGUAUUUAAGUGGCCAUAAAUGUGAACAGAUCGAAUUUUCUGAUCAAUAGCAGUCGAAGUAGAAAAUGUUGAAUAUUUUUCCAACAAAUGUACGCGAUAGGUCGAAGGCUUAAAUGUAUAUAAAACUAUUCACUGGUAAUACUUGUUUUGAACUUGACACGACUGCGUGACGGCAUGUAUAUUCAAUAUAUAUGAUAAGUUUCUGAACGUUCAAUAUCAGAGCGAUUUUAUUAAACUUUAAAAAAUUCAUUAAUAAUUCACAAGGAAAAUACAAAAGAAAUGAAUGUUUAAUCAAUGUUUGUAAAUCGGAUAAAGAUUUGUCCUGAUUUACAUAAACUUCAGCUUUGAUUUUCUCGGCUUAGACAAUGUUUAUUUUUAGAGGUGAGCCGAUGUCUAAAAAAAGCCGAUUACCGAUACCGAUUGUUAACAGCCGAUAUUUACCCACCAUCAGCCGAUUAAUCGGCAAAACCGAUGGUCAUCUUAAUUUUUUUUACUAAUGUGUCCUCUCGUCAAAAGACUCAAAACAUGCAGAAACAGGAAGCGACAUUUUUAACACUGAUUCUGAAAUCCACAGUGUGCUACUGACUGGUCAACGGAAGUCACGGAACACGAUAAUUUAAUUAAUAAAUCUUGCAGAAAUGCCAGAAUUUAAAUGAGAAAACAACGAUGAAAAAAUGCAGGAAAUCAGUAAACAUAGUGUUUCCACUUUCGUUUCGAUAAUUGUUUCCACACCAAAUAUUUGAAUUUCAUUUUUUUAUUACACCGCUGACCAUACAAAUGGUGGAAGACAAUCGGCCGAUGCCCGAUUGUGAAAAAACAAGCCGAUUAAUCGGUUUUGCUGAUGUUUUGCCGAUGAUCGGCUCACCUCUAUUUAUUUUUAAAAUUACUUCGCCAAUUAACUCAAAAGAUGGGUCAUUUUUUAAGUACGAUAAAACAUUUGCAUCCAAUCUGUAUCUGAUAUACAAACUCUCGCCUUCGGCUCGAGUUUGUAUAUCAGAUACAGAUCGGCUGCUCAUGUUUUAUCUAGUACUUAUAAACUGGCUAGUCAUAUACAAACUUAGAAACCGAAAUAUGCAAUGAAUCAAUUCAGUAUUUUAUAUAGGCUGAAUUCUGUAAUCUUCAAUUAGUAUUUAUAAAUCUAUUAUCUACAUGCAGUAAUGUACACUGUAACUUUAUAACUUUGUCUUGACGUCUUUGUCCAGUAUAUUACCUGUGUUACAGAAACACCUGCAAACGCUUGUAAAGUAAUCAAAACAUCGCGAAAUAUUUUAGGUGAUAUUGUUCGAUUUUACUACACUGUCUGUUCAAAACAAUAGCUCGACAAAUUCUAACAGAUUUUACAAUUGUUCCAUAUUGUAAAAUAUUUGUAGACUGGUAUAUGUAUAACAAAGAUAUCUCUCAGCGCUCGCAGAUAAUCGGUUUAAGAUAUGAAUACGUACAAAUGAAGAUAUGAAAUGUUCAAGAUUAAAUGUUUUGAAACUUUUGACGACCCAAGCCUCGAGGUCAAAGGUCAAGCCCCACAAUUUUUGUGGGUAAAGCUGUGAUUAGCUAAUUUUUGAGGAAAGGAAUUCUUGGCCAAAGUAAGCAUACCUUACGUGAGGGCACAGCCCGCUAAGUAGGUAUGCGUAGGAGACUAUAGUAAUUGCGUCUCGAGCAGUAAAAUUUUCUAGUGUCACACACAUAUUGUUUGCCAUUCCCCAUGGUGGGGACCCUGGGGACCUGUGCAAGGUGUGGGAUAGCCUGAUUGAAUAAAAAGCCUGCAACAAUCUCAAGGACAUUUGGUAUUUCACAGCCAUGAGAGGACGCGUAAAUCCUAUUGGCUAAAAUAAUAAUAUAUGCCAAAAUAUGCAUAAAUUAUAGAACCGUCUGUGGCACAAUGUUUAUACGCUUUCAGUAAAAGUGUAUGUUUUUGAAAGAAUACUUUUGGGUUUUAAAUAUUUGGUAUUUGGGUUUUAAACUAAAAACUGAACAGCUGCAAAUCGUUGAGAUGUUUUGGCAGGUUUUUUCAUUGGAUAUCUGCCUUGACAAGUCGAAGAGCAUGGAUACAAACCCAUGCACGUGUUGGACCAUUGGUAUUUCUCUAAAUAAUACAGUGGCUAUACCCAUUCAAUUUGAAAUACUGAUUGACUAAAUAUGUAUCCUAUUAAAGUUUGGAAUACAUGUCGUUUUAUGCAUUUAUGAAAUGUAUAACUCGAUCUACAAAUGUUGCUUUUAUGUUAUUAUUAAACUGUGGCGAUUCCAUACUUUAUUUAUUUAGAGUUUUACAGCAGACUAUAUCUACAAACUGUAGUGCAAUUUAGCUUGUAUUGUGAUAUAUUUUUAGAGUUUGUUAUUGGAAAAUUUGUAAACAUUUAUACUGUUCAGUCCAGGGUCUGAAAUUUGCGGUAUCCCGAUAUCCACGGGAUACUGAAAUUUGGUUUUGGAUACUAAGUUUAUUUUACUUGUAUCCCGAUGGGAUACCACAUUUUUUUAAAAAACGGGAUAGCAGUUAAUGUUUUAGUAGUCUCCCCACAUUUUUGUUCAUUAAAUAGUGCUGUAACACAAGUCUAGCAUUCGUCUUAACGUUGUAUUUAUGCAUGUAGUCCACUCAUGGUUGAAUUCGCGAGUCGCCAUUUUGAAUAGUGUUUCCACAUUGAAACAACUGUCCAGAUUUCAUUGAAAAGAAUCUUUUUGAAAUCAAGAAAAGUCUAGCCUGCGUAGCAGGCGGUAUUCGUGGGCACGUGAAGAAAAGUCAAGAAGAUUGUAAGGAAAUUUGAAGGUCGAUAGUUAGCAAAAAAGAAAUACAUUUUUUUUGCUGCCGUCAUGAACUAAAAUACUCAUAAAUAAUCCAUGCUUUCUUGUGAUAUUAUGUAAAAAAUAUUUAAUUAAAACUACCAAAACUCCUGAUGCAGGCAAUGGUCUUCAUGAUAAUACAGCCAAUGAUGAUGAUAAUGACAUGACUGUGGUUCCCAUUUGAGUGCAUACUGAUAGCAUUAAAAAUCAGAGAAGUUGACACUUAGACUUUAAUCUAUAAUUAAAUAACCCUGUUAACUGUUAAGAAAUUGAAUAUUUGAACUGUAUAAGUUCCUUUUAGGAUUCUAGUAUGUUAAACAUAAAAUGCGAUGGAUGAAAAUGCUUGACUAAGAGUAAGCCUUAGAGUGAUGUUGGGUCUGGCCCUGUGGGAUACGAAAAGCCAACUAGUUAAGUAUCCAGAUUUAGGAUACUGGAUUAUCGGGAGGGAUACCAAAUUUUAAAACCUUGGUAUCCAUGUGGAUACUUAAAAAAAAAUCAAAUUUCAGACCCUGCAGUCGUUGCAAUUUUGAAACAUGUUAAUUUCGCUCAUAGCUAGUCAUAUUUUGUUUGAUUUUGAAAUUUAUUGCAGUAAUGUUUGGACCUAAGAUGGUAUUGUCUUCCUUUUGAUAUAUAUAUAUAUAUAUAUAUAUAUAUAUAUAUAUAUAUAUAUAUAUAUAUAUAUAUAUAUAUAUAUAUAUAUAUAUAUAUAUAUAUAUAUUUGAGUUGCUGUUCAUUAUUAAUACGUAAAUUAUUGCUCGAAUUAUUUUAUUUUGGAGUCUAUAUUUAGACCAUUCUGACAUAUUAAUAGUCAGAGUAAAAUAUUAUAUGUAGGGCGCAUUCUACAAUCAGUUGAAAUCAGAAAAUAUCUUGCUUGAUCUACAAACUGAACCUGUUAAGAUGCAAAACUCGUGUUUACAAGUAAAAUCGCCUUGGCAAUUUAGAGUACAAUGUGUAGUAAUGAAGAUUCCUGGUAGAUUGACACCAAAGUAUGGAUAUUGAACCAAGUUGUAUUGAGAACUUGGCCUCACCUUAGGACAGUUUUUCACUGUACGUAAAGAAAUUAAAUGCACCAUUGUGCCGGAAAGUAUGCAUGAAGAUAACUGCUGAAAUUUCAGUAUUUUAUGUCAACAAAUGUUUCAGAUUCAGGCAGAAUGCGAGGCAACAACUUUGGUUCCGGUUUCAAUCAAAUGUCAAUGCAAGGAUCUAAUUCUGGUGGCAUGCCUUUCUUUGGUGGAGGUUCUCGUGGAGGUUGGUUGUAGUUAUAGAUAGAUAGUUCUAACUUUAUUUAAAGUGGG